AUGGUGAGCUGCGUCAACUUCGUUGGCCCUGCAGUGGCAAAGCUCAAGCAGGAUGCAACCAUCUCUUUUGCACCUGACAGGUAUGUGGCCUUGGACAACGAGUUAGACGCACAGAAGAAGGAGAUCCAGGCGACCGGGUCCUUUUCGGCAGAGCCAGCUGCGGAAGCAGGCCGACAGAUGGUCCAAAAGGUCAUCCGUGAUCAGAAGCAGAGUGCAGAAAGCUGUUUGAAAGCAGUGGAGCACGCCUUGAACACGGACCGUGGGCCUUUGGAAGGGCUGAUCGAAGCGCAGCAGGCCCCACGCAGUGUGAAGAGUAACGGUGGAUCAACACACCGAUCGCGACAUCUUGAGGCAGCUGCACAAGUUCAAACUUGGGAUGUUCUCGAAGAAGCUCAAGGUGUUCUGGAGUCCUUGAAGAAACAAAGUCCUGGGAAACCAGUUGCCAUGGAGAAUCUGAAGCAGCUUGGUGAUGAGGCCUCUAAGCAAUUGAAGGAAAUAUCUGACCAAGCAAAGGCAGUGAAGCAGGAAAGCACUCAGGAUGAGAAGCCCAGUGAAACGCCUUCGGUCAAACGGGGACAGAGGGACUUCGGUUGUCAGACCGUUUUCCGCCUUGGUGGCAUGGCUUGGCAUGCCAAUCCUGCGAUUCAGAAAUUGCUCCCUGGCACAGCUUUGAACGUCUCAGAGGUUUCGACACAGGGAGGAUCUGGUCAAGAACCUGCCAAUUUGGACAAGCUGGAGGGUGAGGUCAAUGAAGUCAUCAACCACUGGCGCAAAGAAUUCAUUGGAAAACGCAGGGAGGCGAGCAUCACCCGCAUCACCAGAAGCCGCAGCAGAAGUCAAAGUCGUUUGAUGCCUGAAGCGCCAAGCCCAGCAAGUGCUCCGCCGACCUCGCCACCUGCACCACCUGCGCCGCCAACGAUGUUGGAGGCAGAUUUGGUGGCACAGGCAGCAAAGAAGAAAGAGGUGGAAGCUGCCCCUGCAUCCCCAUCGUUGGACAACAUCAAGCGGGACGAGGUCAGAGUCGAGAUCGAGUCCACAAGCUUUCAAAGUUCCCAGUUCGACAACAACAAGCCCGCGCCCAGCAUGGACCAGGUGCUGGAUGAUUCCAGGAGGCCUGAGACAGAAGAUGCCAGACCCCCUUCUGGAAAUCUAUCCAGCAGGCGGAUACAAGCUGACAGCAGGCGCAUGUCGACUGGCAGCACAAACAGCGACUACGAGGCAGCCGCAGAGAAUCGAAACCAGGAGCCUGGGCCAUGUCGAAUGUCAAGCGACGGCAGGACCAAUCUGCGAACCGACAAAGGAGGCUGGAUUCUGGCCAGUAAGACCGAGCAAGUGCGAGUGUUGACUCCUCGCGACCGACGCAGCCAGAGCCAGAAGUUCCGAAGGAACCACCGCAGCAUGGGCAUCAAGGGGAGGAUGAGGGUUUCUGGUUUCUUGUCUGCAAAGCUGCCUUGCAGCACAGAAGGGACAAUUGUAGAACAUGUGGCAGAUGACAACGGGCCUGGCGAUGGAAGCCUGUUGGUUCCACCAGCUGGUGAUGCAGCGUCACGGUCUGUGAGCCCAUCUUCAGCGGGAAGUUCUCCAUCUCCAGGCCACAGUGCGCCUCGUCGAUUGGAUCCAAUUGUGAGGCCUCGUGGGCCCCCGCUGCCAUCCGCUGGACGCUUGCUCCUCGCUUCACAACAGGAGAACAUCUCCGAGUCUGCGAAGACAUCACCACGGUCUGGCCAUUAG